AUGUUUCUGCCGCUCCCCACCUUUGCUCGACUCUCAGCUGUCAUCUCUCUCGAGACUCAACUCAGCUAUCAUACGCUGCUUCUCAUCUCUGUCUACAAUUUACGAUUGCGAUACUCAUUUCAUCAAUCCCACCCUGCUACAGCAAAAGAUCAAUCGCAAAUUACAUCACCUACCAUGACGACAAGCUCCCCACACCUUCCCUACCUACAAAAGUGCCUCUCACUAGCCGAACAAUCCCCUCCGCGACCAACAAACUUCCGUGUGGGCGCGAUCCUCCUCUCCCGUAAAGACAAUGACCCCACCUUCGCAGACGACCGAAUCCUCUCCACGGGCUACACAAUGGAGUUAGUGGGCAACACCCACGCAGAGCAAUGCUGCUUCUCCAACUAUGCAGCAGUCCAUAAAGUCUCCGACGAUGAAGUCGCUUCAGUGUUGCCCGUGGAGUCCGGUCGCAAACUCAUCAUGUACGUGACGAUGGAGCCAUGCGGGAAGAGGCUGUCAGGGAACGCGCCAUGUGCCCAGCGCAUUGCACGGACGACAGCAGGUCACGAGGGUAUCCAUAAGGUUUAUUUCGGAGUUAAGGAGCCUGAGACGUUCGUUGGGCAGUCUGAAGGAUGUCGGAUGUUGACGGAGGCUGGAAUUGAAUGGGAGCAUGUGGGUGGCUUAGAAAGGGAGAUUUUGACUGUUGCCUUUGCGGGCCAUGAGAAUGGAGCUGAGGAAGUUAGGGCCGCUUUGGGAGACAAGGAGAAUACUGCAGAUGAGAGUCUCGAGGAACGGCAGAGACAGGAAGCGCAACAACCCCGGAACCCGAAGAAAAGAAUGAUGGAAGGGGAGACCAAUAUUUAUAUGUAA